AUGCCUAUCACCUUCACCCCUACACCCAAGCAUCUACCGCGUGGAUUGAAACUCCAAAGGGUCGCUGAUAUCGAAGAGCGCUUCAAACAAUCCUGCCCAAAGGAGCAUAGCGCUAGCAAACGAUUGAUUGGGAACUCACUAAAGACUUCUUCGACACAUACAUCUCCACGUCCGAAAAUGGCUUUAUUGGGGCCUCAAUACCACCUCUUUGUGCUCCAGCCCGAAGACGCAAGGUUCACCAUUUUGUCACAGCUCAGUUUCUUCGUCAUUGCGCAUUCCGAGGACAUCUGGCAUCUAUUCGUCGCGCAUAAGAGUACAGUAAGUCUGGAAAUUACCACAAUCGAUACCAUGGAUACUGUGAACUUCGGUGAAAUGGCACUGUGCAGGACGGAGCUGAUGGGAAAACGUGUGGUGAAUCUGGAUUCGCCGAGCUGGACCAUGCCGGCCUUUAGCACUACGACUGUAUCCGAUGAAGUGGUGGCAGCUGUCAUAAUGAUGGGCUCUAUGCAGAAGUAUUUCUCCUACCAAUUCGCUUUGCGGUGCGGAAACCCGUCUGUCACUUUACUCGGUGAGCGUGGGGACUGGGAACUUGUGGUAACAAAGCUUGCUCAGCUAGCUCAUCUGGGGGGAUGA